UCUUAAUCUCCACGUUUCAACUGAUGGAGAAGGACCAUAACCUUCACUCUUGCUACACCGUACACGUUACUGCACCUGGCUUGUAGGUACAUACAUGGGGAAGGACGGGCCUCCCAUGCCUUCUAGUUCCGAGUCGCAGGUAACAGGGCUGAGAGUCGGCGCUACCGUUCUCCAUGCUGUUGCUCUCAUCAUCACGGUGUAUAGGUUGGCCCGCCGUUAUCAUAUCAAACGCCUCUCGUGGGAUGACGCCUUCGCUCUUGUCGGGUCCAUUUCCGUUAUCCAAGAACUUAUAUCUCUUUGGUGGAUACUACAUGUGGACCGACAUCCUUUAACUCGUUCUCAAUAUGACAGGAGGCAAUCUAUCCUGUAUUGGACCACAAGCAUUUGCUUUACUUUCACAGUCUGUUGUACCCGCUUGAGUCUCUGGGCUUCGAUUCACCGUAUUCUCGCCCUUGGAAAGCUCAGAACCGCAUGCAUCCCACUCGCGGUAGUGACAUUUUUGUCCUCCUUGACCCUCGUCAUCAUCAAGGCAUGUACAUGUCAUUACACACCUUCCCCGAAAAUGCGCGACUACCCCAUACUAUGUCUCCAAAGCACAGCACAUGUGCUAGUAGGAUUCCACUCUGCCGUGGACAUCACUCUCAGUAUACUGAUCAUCGCUGUACCCUCGUAUGCUGUAUGGGAAAUGGGCCUCUCUCGUGACAAACGGAAUCUCCUAAUGUUACUCUUCACUGCAAGUUUUGCCACGUUGGCUGUUGCCCUUGUGCACAACGUAUACGUUUUCAACUUCAAUGCUCAGCUCAACUUUUUCACGUCGCAUUUCGAGGCUGCGGUGUCGUUGAUCGUCUGCAACGUCCACAUCGUCGUCCCAACAAUAUACACGAAAUUUGCCUCCCGUAACGAUUCGACCCGCAAUCCGACUACAGAUGCCCAUACAGCGUCCUCACUACCGCGCUCACACUCACUUCUGACUUCGUACAAAUUUACUUCCCUGAUUAUGAUAUCUACGGACAUCGGUCAAAACACCACUAACUCACCCUGUAAUACCGCCACGCCCUCCGAGACUGUUCGAACAAAACCUUCCUUUGUCAUGUCAUUGGGUUCGAUGGGUCCGGACGCGAAUAUGACUAGAGUUGAACACAGUCAUACACCUGUGAAAUGACAACACCCCUUUGGACGUUGUUCAGUUUUUCACUUUCUCCUGGUUCUGUAGUUGCCAUGUACGUGUUCGCGAAGUUAUAUUAGCAUGUGUGUACAUUUAAUUUCAACCUAAUAUUGCAAUUAUUGGG